AUGAAAGAAUGGUACAAAGUUGUCUUUGCCGUAGCCAAGGCUGCCGGCAUAUUUCUGUUACCGUCACCGAUCGCGACUUUAUUUGAAUUGGAAUCGGAUCGGCCAUCCAGUUGUCAUCGCGAAGCCCGAAAGACUGCGUACUUGGACGGCCUUCGUGGACUGGCAGCAACUAUCGUCUUCAUUGAGCACUUCGGGCUUCCAUUCUACCCCAGCAUUGUAGGUUCGAACGCCAGCGAGUGGUCAUAUCUGCAACUUCCAAUCAUACGGCUCCUUUAUCAUGGGUCCUUCGCAGUCUCUGUCUUCUUCGUGAUAUCAGGCUUCGUCCUUUCACAGAAUUUGAUCCACCUUGAGCACCAGACAAUUGACUGCGGCUGUUCCCGCUCAGAGACACCUGACCGCACGGUCCUUGCCAGUCAAAUACUUGAUGUCUUGGGCUCAGCCGCUUUCCGUCGGGCACCGAGGCUUUUCCUCCCAUCCGCAGUAGUUGUUCUGCUGACGGCAGGACUGGCAUUCUUCUUCGAUGCAUUCGCCGCCGCGGAGCAGUUUCCCGGAUUGCCGCACCAUCUAUAUAGGUUGGACGUCCCUCGUGGCCUGUCAACACUGGGCACCCAGCUGAUCGACUGCUUCGAUUUUUUCCUGUCUCAGCUCAUCUACCCCUUCCCUUGGAUGCUGGAAAUACCUCGCCAAAACGGCUCCAACCCACCCCAGACGUACGGCUUUCACCUAUGGGCCAUCCCUGUCGAGUUCUGGGCUUCGGAGAUGUUGUUCAUUGUCCUUAUGGCUACAUCACUCAGACGACGCUAUGUGCGACCUAUCGUUAUCCUUCUCGCCUCGGCAUAUAGUGCCUGGUGCGGGAGAUGGGAGCCACCGCUUUUCUUUGCUGGGGCUCAGUUGGCUGAAUUGGAUUUAUGGCUUCAACUUGCCGAGGACAGGUGCUCAACUAGUGUACAAUGUGCCGGCCCAUCAUCUCUCUAUACACUUUUCAACACCCCGAAUUCGCGAGCAUGCCUUGGCACAUUCAUGUGCAUUGCCGGACUCUGGGUCGGCUCGAUACCUGAUUACAAGGCUGCAAGCACUUUUGGCUUUAUUACGUUGGCGAACUCGUCCACGGUACCGAACUCUCAAGUCUAUUGGCAGGGCAUAGGGGCAGUCUUGUUCGUGUGGUCACUCCAAUACCACAGGUGGCUACGGCGCUUUUUCAACAUAGGCCUGCUACAAUAUCUGGGUCAGAUUUCGUUCGCUCUCUACUUGGUUCACGUUCCUAUAAUCACGACGUUCGGUUGGGCCGUUGCUCGAUUCUUGGUAAACAUGUAUGGGAAGAGCCUUGACGACCCAGGUUGGGACCGGGAGGUUCUAAUUGCUGUUGGGGGGGUUUUGACAUUUGCCGCGGCGACAUGGAUUGCAGACAUAUUCUGGCGAGCUUUUGAUUCCCGCGCUGCGACGUUGUCAAAGUGCCUCGAACUUUUGACCAGAAUCUAG